CAUGGCUGGACUGUAGCCGGCGCGGCGCGCGGUGCGGCCUGGGAGAGUCGGAAGCGCGGCGGCCGCGGAGCCCUGCGAGUAGGCAGCGUUGGGCCCAUGCAGGACGCAGAGAACGUGGCGGUGCCCGAGGCGGCCGAGGAGCGCGCCGAGCCCGGCCAGCAGCAGCCGGCCGCCGAGCCGCCGCCAGCCGAGGGGCUGCUGCGGCCCGCGGGGCCCGGCGCUCCGGAGGCCGCGGGGACCGAGGCCUCCGGUGAGGAGGUGGGGGUCGCGGAGGCCGGGCCGGAGCCCGAGGUGAGGACCGAGCCGGCGGCCGAGGCAGAGGCGGCCUCCGGCCCGUCCGAGUCGCCCUCGCCGCCGGCCGCCGAGGAGCCGCCCGGGUCGCAUGCUGAGCCCCGUGUCCCGGCACAGGGCGAGGCCCCAGGAGAGCAGGCUCGGAACGAGCGCUCCGACAGCCGGGCCCAGGCGGUGUCCGAGGACGCGGGAGGAAACGAGGGCAGAGCGGCCGAGGCCGAACCCCGGGCGCUGGAGAACGGCGACGCGGACGAGCCCUCCUUCAGCGACCCCGAGGACUUCGUGGACGACGUGAGCGAGGAAGAAUUACUGGGAGAUGUACUCAAAGAUCGGCCCCAGGAAGCAGAUGGAAUCGAUUCGGUGAUUGUAGUGGACAAUGUCCCUCAGGUGGGACCCGACCGACUUGAGAAACUCAAAAAUGUCAUCCACAAGAUCUUUUCCAAGUUUGGGAAAAUCACAAAUGAUUUUUAUCCUGAAGAGGAUGGGAAGACAAAAGGGUAUAUUUUCCUGGAGUACGCGUCCCCUGCCCACGCUGUGGAUGCCGUGAAGAAUGCCGACGGCUACAAGCUUGACAAGCAGCACACAUUCCGGGUCAACCUCUUCACGGAUUUUGACAAGUAUAUGACCAUCAGUGAUGAGUGGGAUAUUCCAGAGAAACAGCCUUUCAAAGACCUGGGGAACUUACGUUACUGGCUUGAAGAGGCAGAAUGCAGAGAUCAGUACAGUGUGAUUUUUGAGAGUGGAGACCGCACUUCCAUAUUCUGGAAUGACGUAAAAGACCCUGUCUCAAUUGAAGAGAGAGCGAGAUGGACAGAGACGUAUGUGCGUUGGUCUCCUAAGGGCACCUACCUGGCUACCUUUCAUCAAAGAGGCAUUGCUCUAUGGGGGGGAGAGAAAUUCAAGCAAAUUCAGAGAUUCAGCCACCAAGGGGUCCAGCUUAUUGACUUCUCACCUUGUGAAAGGUACCUGGUGACCUUUAGCCCCCUGAUGGACACGCAGGAUGACCCUCAGGCCAUAAUCAUCUGGGACAUCCUUACGGGGCACAAGAAGAGGGGUUUUCACUGUGAGAGCUCAGCCCAUUGGCCUAUUUUUAAGUGGAGCCAUGAUGGCAAAUUCUUUGCCAGAAUGACCCUGGAUACGCUUAGCAUCUAUGAAACUCCUUCUAUGGGUCUUUUGGACAAGAAGAGUUUGAAGAUCUCUGGGAUAAAAGACUUUUCUUGGUCUCCUGGUGGUAACAUAAUCGCCUUCUGGGUGCCUGAAGACAAAGAUAUUCCAGCCAGGGUAACCCUGAUGCAGCUCCCUACCAGGCAAGAGAUCCGAGUGAGGAACCUGUUCAAUGUGGUGGACUGCAAGCUCCAUUGGCAGAAGAACGGAGACUACUUGUGUGUGAAAGUAGAUAGGACUCCGAAAGGCACCCAGGGUGUUGUCACAAAUUUUGAAAUUUUCCGAAUGAGGGAGAAACAGGUACCUGUGGAUGUGGUCGAGAUGAAAGAAACCAUCAUAGCCUUUGCCUGGGAACCAAAUGGAAGUAAGUUUGCUGUGCUGCACGGAGAGGCUCCGCGGAUAUCUGUGUCUUUCUACCACGUCAAAAACAACGGGAAGAUUGAACUCAUCAAGAUGUUCGACAAGCAGCAGGCGAACACCAUCUUCUGGAGCCCCCAAGGACAGUUCGUGGUGUUGGCGGGCCUGAGGAGUAUGAACGGUGCCUUAGCGUUUGUGGACACUUCGGACUGCACGGUCAUGAACAUCGCAGAGCACUACAUGGCUUCCGACGUCGAAUGGGAUCCUACUGGGCGCUACGUCGUCACCUCUGUGUCCUGGUGGAGCCAUAAGGUGGACAACGCGUACUGGCUGUGGACUUUCCAGGGACGCCUCCUGCAGAAGAACAACAAGGACCGCUUCUGCCAGCUGCUGUGGCGGCCCCGGCCUCCCACACUCCUGAGCCAGGAACAGAUCAAGCAAAUUAAAAAGGAUCUGAAGAAAUACUCUAAGAUCUUUGAACAGAAGGAUCGUUUGAGUCAGUCCAAAGCCUCAAAGGAAUUGGUGGAGAGAAGGCACACCAUGAUGGAAGAUUUCCGGAAGUACCGAAAAAUGGCCCAGGAGCUCUAUAUGGAGCAGAAAAACGAGCGCCUGGAGUUGCGAGGAGGGGUGGACACUGACGAGCUGGACAGCAACGUGGACGACUGGGAAGAGGAGACCAUUGAGUUCUUCGUCACUGAAGAAAUCAUCCCCAUCGGGAAUCAGGAGUGACCUGGAGCGCUGUGGGGACUGACUGCACCUGCUGCUCCCGCGCUGAGCCGCAGGACUCCCGAGUGUGAGCCGCAGUUCCUCUGUUGCAGUGCAGCCGUGUGUGGUGUGGAGCCGAGGCCGUCCUGCAGGAAGCCGCAUGACUCCCGCCCGCCUCCCUGCGCUCUCUGGCUCUGGACUGUGACUGCGCCUGGAUUCUGCCAUUGCGACACAUUUUUGUGCCUUUCAGCCCCUGGUGUCUGCAGUGGGGGAUUUAAGGCACCCGCUUCCACUUCUUUCUUGUUUGGAGUUUUCUGUCAGAACCGCCGGCGUUGGCUCCGUAGACUUAGCGACGCUACUGGCGGCACCUUCUCCUGCGCCCAGUGAUGUUUCCACGGUGCCUGUACACAGCCGAGCAGCAUUUCCGUUGAAGGACUUGCAUCCCCAUUGCAGGCAGUGCUGGACGUCUCCUGGAGACCCACCGGGAGGGCGCCGCCAUGCCUCGUACCCCCACCGUGCAGGUUGUGGCUGGUUUUCUCCGCAGGUUGAACGUGGAAAUAAAAGCAAACUUGUAUGAAAAA